GGAAGAUCUGGAGAGGUUCUUGCUUCAACAGUGAUUGAACGGAACUUCGAUCUCGCUUGAAUUUCACUUCGAGGACCUGACAUUUCAUAUUUAUUAUUUUUUACCGUCAUUUUGAUAACAAAACAACAAAAAUCAUCUGAAAUGGAUUCCCAGGUUCGCCAAAACUACGACCGCGACUGCGAGGCUUUGAUCAACAAGAUGAUCAAUCUGGAGCUUUACGCUGGAUACACCUACACCUCCAUGGCUUUCUACUUUGACCGGGACGAUGUGGCUCUUCCUGGAUUUGCCAAGUUCUUCAAGAAGAACAGUGAGGAGGAGCGCGAACAUGCUGAGAAAUUCAUGGAGUUCCAGAACAAGAGAGGUGGACGCAUUGUCCUUCAGGACAUCAAGAAACCUGAGCGCGAUGAGUGGGACAAUGGGCUGACUGCUAUGCAGUGUGCUCUUCAGCUGGAGAAGAACGUCAACCAGGCUCUGCUGGACCUGCAUAAAGUCGCCUCUCAAAAGGGAGACCCUCAUCUGUGUGAUUUCCUGGAGUCUCACUACCUGAAUGAGCAGGUUGAGGCCAUCAAGAAGCUUGGUGACCACAUCACUAACCUCUCCAAGAUGGAUGCUGGAAAUAACAGGAUGGCGGAGUACCUGUUUGACAAGCACACCCUGGACAGCUAAACUCGGAUCAUCUGCAGCCACUAAAGCCUCCAGUUGUACUCUAUGCAUAAAUCAUGAAACCAUGUUGUCCCGCAGUAAAAUCUUUGAGGUUAACAUUUAGAGGCUUCAUGUUUAAGAUCUGCCUUGUUAAAUCAGUCAUCUAGCUGAUGCCUUGCUUGUUGAAUGUGCACUGACUUGUUGGUCACCUUGUGAAUCUGAUGAAUAAACAUUUCUGGCUGAA